AUGGAUCAACACCUGGAAGCCUGUCCUUGGCUCUACAGUCAAUGCCAUGCCACACCUUAUCACAACCUCCGACCGAGCCCUGUCAACCUGCAUCGAGGAAUGGAUGAGACCUCCAACAUUCCAAAUGCUGCUUACGCUCUCACCCGUAUCCGCGAUCAUGGAUCGAAUCGAACACAUCCCGAGUUUAUAAAACAAACAUCAGAACUUUCCCGCUUGUGGUCCGGUAGAUAA